UAGAAGCCGAAAUCUCACCGACAUGUGGAGCCCGCAUGGAAGUAUUCAACUGCCAGCCCACUGACAUGUGGGACAGGUCCCCAUCGAAGCGCCACUAUGAGCCCCGGCAGACCCGCCAGUACAGUAUCCGGUCAAUCGCGACGCCCGCUUCCAUGGAUUCCAUGAGGCGGAGUUCCGUGGGGCUUCUCAUAGGGCUCCUGCUAAUUCGGCUCAAUCGGUGCUCGGCGGUGGGCGACGAAGGCGCGGGUGAAGUAGGCGCGGCGUUCCCGGUGGUGGUGAGCACCUGGCCGUUCCGUGAGGCGGUCAGAGCGGCGUGGAAGGUGGUUUCGACCGGUGAAGGAGGGGGUUCGGCCGUCGAUGCUGUCAUCGCUGGCUGCUCCGCUUGCGAGGAGCUCCGCUGCGAUGGUACAGUUGGUCCAGGUGGAAGUCCAGAUGAGAACGGUGAAACCACAUUAGAUGCUCUUGUCAUGAAUGGGGCAACAAUGGAAAUUGGAGCUGUGGCGGCCAUGAGAUAUGUGAAGGAUGGAAUUAAGGCAGCAAAGUUAGUCAUGGAGCACAGUGAGCAUACUCUGCUCGUUGGAGAGAAAGCAACAGCAUUUGCAAUUUCACUGGGUCUUCCAGGGCCAACCAACCUCAGUUCACCAGAGUCAAUUGAGAAAUGGGAAAAGUGGAGACAGAACUACUGCCAACCAAACUUCUGGAAAAAUGUUGUUCCUGUCGGUAAGUGUGGUCCAUACCAUCCUAUCAAUUUAGCCCCAGUUGAAGUUGAGGACUCUGUAAAGAAUGGGAUAGAGGGGUAUUAUGAAAGUGAUAAUUUACUGGAGCCAAUAAAGUCUUAUUCGAAGAUUGUUAAUCGCCACAACCAUGACACAAUUUCUAUGGCUGUGAUUGACAAGAUGGGCCACAUAGCAGUUGGGACAUCAACCAAUGGUGCUACAUUUAAAAUUCCAGGAAGGGUAGGCGAUGGACCAAUACCAGGAGCUUCUUCAUAUGGUGAUAAUGAAGUUGGGGCUUGUGGAGCAACUGGUGAUGGUGAUAUUAUGAUGCGCUUCCUUCCAUGCUAUCAAGUGGUAGAGAGCAUGCGACAAGGGAUGGAUCCUCGAGACGCUGCCAAAGAUGCUAUAUCGAGAAUUGCCCGCAAAUACCCAGAUUUCAUCGGUGCUGUAUUUGCAGUCAACAAGGAAGGAGUGCACGCCGGGGCAUGUCACGGAUGGACAUUCCAAUACUCUGUACGAAAUUCCAGCAUGCAGGAUGUGGAGGUCAUCACAGUAUACCCUUAGCAAUGGCAAUUCACCGAAAACAAAAGUUUGCUUUUAUCAGCAGACUCUAGCAGAGUGCAUGUUCUUCAGUUGAGGGGUGUUUCUUCUCUCUCAAAGCUCAAUUUGCUGCUUGUCCUGGAUCGAUGGGACCGGGAUCGGCAGCAGGCUUGCUGUAGUGGGACUGUGGGAGUAGCUCGGAGGCACGGUAGAUUUUGGAAAGUCUCACUGGCUCACCAGCCACUAGUGGAAGUAGCUCUGAUGAGCGGUGGGAUGCUACGGCGGCGAGCAGAGAGAAGCAGAGGCCAGAGGGUAACUGCCUAUCAGGCCGCAUAAAUGUUUUAGAGUUUCUUUGGUUUGUUUGUCGUCCGAGUUGGUUUAUAUUAACAAAAGGAUACUAAUAUUUUGUGUUAGUUCUUCAUGAAUGUCUAGCAGUACACAUUUUGGUCAAUAGUUUUAUUUAUUCUUUUAUCAUCUACGAAAGGAUAAGCCAAUUGCACGUCUUGCCUAACGGCCUAUCAGGUCGCAUAAAUGUUUCGUUUUGCGGCAAUUUAUUAGUACUCACCUUUCGCUGUGGUCAA